AUGAUUGGGAGCAUUGUGAUUCAAAAAGAAGUAGAAAAUGAUCAUUGGUCGAGUAGAGGAGCUGGAGCGAAAUACUGGAGCGAGACCAAUGGUGUUUCUGAAGAUGCAUUCAAGUUGAAGUUGUUCCCUUUUUCUUUGGGAGACAAAGCACAUCAAUGGGAGAAGGCUCUUCCAAGUGACUCUAUCACAACUUGGAAUGAGUGCAAGAGGGCAUUCCUAGAGAAGUUCUUCUCUACCUCAAGGACAGUCAAAAUCAGGAAUGAGAUCUCUAGCUUUCAGCAGAAGAACCUAGAGGGAUUCAGUGAAGCAUGGGAGAGGUUCAAGGGCUAUUGGUCUCAAUGCCCACAUCAUGGCUUCACCAAGGAGAGUUUGCUUAGCACCUUCUAUAGAGGAGCUCUACCACAGUGCAAAAACAUGCUUGAUACUGCCAGCAAUGAUUUUUUUUUGGGAAGAACUACGGAAGAGGCAGAGGAACUAGUAGAGAACAUGGCCAAGAGUGACUCAGUCUACAGUGAGGAGCAUGAUAGGGUCAACAGAGGUGAUGAUCAGCAGACAAAGAAAGAGAUCAAGUCCUUACAAGACAAGAUGGAUUUGCUUCUUUCCAACCAAGCUAAACAGGAGCAUAUGAACUUUGUGGGUGGUCCUAGUCAAGAGGUUCCUCCUAAGGUCAAUGAGGUUGAUGGUUUAGAAGGCCAAGAGGAGUUGUGCUUCAUCAAUGCUAAUGGCACAUGGUACAGGAAAGAGCCCAAUUUUCAGUACCAAAACAACUAUCAGCAAAGGCCUCACUAUAACAAUCAGCAAGGAGGUUACCAAGCCAAGCAGAACUAUCCUCAAGCCAACCAGUCUCCUCAGACUCAAGGAAGCUCUUCUAAAGCUCAAGCUCCAGAUUCAAGUGUGGAUUCUAUGUUCAAGCAACUCUUGGAAUUUCAGGCCAGAAAUGAGAAGACCAUGAUUUAUGAGUUCAAGAACAUCCAUGCAAAGAUUGAUGUGAACUAUUCUGACCUCAACAACAAGUACAUGCAACUUGCCUCUCAUCUCAAGGCUUUGGAGAGUCAAUUUGCUUCUAUGCCUUCAUCCUCCAAGCAGCCAAUGGGGUCUCUACCAGGGAAAUCAGAAAAGAACCCCAAGGAGUCUUGCAAUGUUGUCUUCUCCACAACUUCUCCAGAGAUUGAGUUGAGUGAUCAUGACAAAGAGGAGGAUGAGAUUGAAAGACUGGUAUUUGGAACUGAGUUUGGGGAAGUUGAGAGAUUUGUUGUGGCCACAGCUGAAGCACAGAUUGUGAUGGACGCUGCAAGGAAGGUUGAAGCAACAAAUCUGCAAAGAGCUGAGCACAAAGCUGAGAAACAAGUUGAGAAGAGAGCUGACAACAAGCUGAAAAAAGAUAAGCUAAAGGAAGCCACUGAGGUUGAGCUAUCACCCUAUGAUAAGCUCCUUUUCCCCCAAAGAGUUCUCACCAAAGCUCAGACGAAGGUGCUCUCCAAGUUCAGGAAAGAUCUUAGUGAUGUUGGGGUCAGGCUUCCAGAAAUCUCGAGUAUGCGUGAAGCUCAUGUCCAGAUGAUGCUCAUCAACGACAUUCUAGACCACCAAGCUGAAGUGGCCGAGACUUUGGACAUCUCUAUUCUGAAGAUUGAUCGACCAAUCCCUCCAAAGUCCCUCCCUAAGCUUGAGUCUCAAGGGAUGUUCACCUUGCCUUGCUACCUUAGUAAGCUCACUUUUGAUGAUGCUCUUGGAUUGAGAGCAUGGAGCCAAACACAUCUUCCCUACAGUUUGGAGAUUCCUCUUUCUACAACCCCUAUUGGUCUCAUCAAGGACUUUCCUUUAAAGAUUGGAGCAUGCACCAUUCCUAUAGACCUCAUUGUUCUGAAGAUGGCAACUGAGAAGAGAGUCUCAUUGAUCCUUGGCACUCCAUUCCUCACAACAGUGGGAGCUUGCAUAGACUUUGCCAACAAGAAGACCAAGGCUGAAGGGGUUGGUAUUGAGAAAGAAGGUCUUGCUGGAGAAUCCUCUAAAGAGCUGUGUGAUGAGCACUUGGAAAGUGCUAAAAAGAAGGACGUGAGUAGAGCCACAAAGGCUGCUCAUGAUAAGAAAAAGAUUGUGAAAGAACCUCAUCCUCCACCUCUUGAUAAGACUCCUCACACUCUCACUCUCCAUCCAAUGAAGCUUAAGGAUGGGGCCAUUGAGUAG